UUUUCCCCCCUCGCUCGCGGGACGUGGUCGAGUCGAAACUGAAACACAAUGCCACGUAAAAUCGAAGAAAUCAAAGAUUUCCUGCUUACAGCAAGGAGGAAGGAUGCCAAGUCUGUCAAGAUCAAGAAGAACAAGGACAAUGUGAAGUUCAAGGUGCGCUGCAGCAGAUACCUGUACACAUUGGUCAUCACAGACAAAGAGAAGGCUGAGAAGCUCAAGCAGUCCCUGCCACCAGGUUUGGCUGUGAAGGAGCUGAAGUAGAUGUCUCUUGUACAAAUGUUGGAAUAAAAUUGGAUAAAAUUAA